UAUAGUAAAUAUAAAGGCAAAACAUACAUAUAUGUUGAAGGAGAAGAAACGGACGAUUAUAUUGGUAAUAUAUCUUCUUCUGAUAUUACAUCAUCUUCAGAAAGCGAGUAUGAAGAAAUAGAUAUAAAUGAUAUAUAUCCAUAUAAAUCUCCAAAAUAUAAAACUUUAAUUGAAGUAGUACUAAAACCUAGUACAAAUAGUAAUGUACGAGAUAUACACGAUGAUACAACACAUGCACAAAGUGUAAAACCUAGUGAUAUAUCCACUAAUAAAUUGACGGAUAAUGAAUGGAAUGAAUUAAAAAAGGUUUUUAUAUUUCAAUAUUUAGAAAACGUACAAAACGAUUUACCUAAUGAAAAUACCAUUGAUGAUAAUAUAGAUAUGGAACCUAAUAUUAUACACAAUAAUAUGGAAGAAAAACCAUUCAUAACAUCAAUUCAGGAUAGAUUUCUUGGUAGUACUGAUCAAGAGGUUACUUAUAAUAUUGAUUGGAAUGUUCCAAAAAAUAUUAGCACUAAUACUACAGAUGUUCCAAUAUAUGGUUCAUCAAAUGAUCAAUAUACUGGUAUUGAUUUAAUCAAUGAUGCUUUAAAUAGUGAUCAACAUGUUGAUAUAUAUGAUGAGUUACUCAAAAGAAAAGAAAAUGAAUUGUUUGGAACAAAACAUUCAAAACAUACAUCAACAAAUAGAGUUGCAAAACAAAUAUAUGAUGAUCCUUUAAGUAAUGAAAUAGAUUUGUUUCAUAAAUGGUUAGAUAGACAUAGAGAUAUGUGCAACCAAUGGAAUAAUAAAGAGGAAAUGUUGAACCAAUUGAAUAAAGAAUGGAAUAAAGAAAAUAAAGAACAUAUAUUUGGUAUAACCUUGAAUGAUAAUGAUAUUCAGAGAAUUAAUGAUGAAAAUUAUAAUAUGAUUAGCACAAACACACAUGAUGAUAAUGAUAUAACAUCUCUUGAAGAUUUUGGUUCAACAAAUAUUCCAUAUAGUGCUCUUAUAACGCAAAAUAAUGAUUCUCAAAGACAAAAUUUACGUACAAACAUUUCUAUGGAUAUACAUUUUGAUGAAAAUAAUAAUAAUGUAACCAAUGAAGACGAUCAGUUGGAAAAUUCGUAUAAUUUUUGA